AGUUGUGAGUUAAUCGACAAACGUUGCGGAUAGUGUGCGGAAUUAGAAAUUAAAUAAUCAAAUAGUUUCGAAUGCACUAAAUAAAUAGAUUAAUUGUUUCAGGAAGAACUUGAAACUAAUAUAUAGUUUCAAUCAAUUUCAAAUAGUUUUUAUCUCAUUAAUAGGAGCGUCAUCGAAAAGUACUUCUAGAAAGGAAAAUUCUAUCAGAAGCCUUAAAAUUUCACGACUGGAUUACAAUCAAAAGAUUCAUUUAAACAUGAAUUGGUUGUUGCUUCUUAUUUCUAUAUCGGCAACUCUUAGUAUAGCAUUGGCCUGUAAUCGUAUACCACAGGGUACAACAGCAGCUAAAUCACCUGUUGAUGAAAAUUAUGUUGUUUCAUUAGGAGGAAAUCCAGACACAUAUAUACCAGGACAAAAAUAUAAUGUUUCACUUAUAUCAUAUAAUGGACUAACAUUUAUCAGCUUCAUGUUGGGUUUAGAAAACGAAAAUGGCGAAACUGAAACUAUGGAUAAUAAAGGUUCGUUUGAAAUAAUCGAUUAUGCUGAAACGCGAUUUAGUCCUCGUUGCGCUAAUUUGGUUGAAAACACUAAUACAAAUGUUAAAACUCGUAUCGAUGUUAUCUGGACGGCACCUACUGGUAGUGGUAAUGGUUGUAUACUAUUACGUGCAACGGUCACACAGCAUCGUGAUGUUUGGUUCAUGGAUGAUGGAUUUCUUACUAAGCGUAUAUGUGAAGAAGAGGUCGAUGAUAUUGAUAGUCAACCAAGCAUUGUUCACCCAUGUUGUGCCUGUGAUGAAGCGAAAUAUGAACUAACCUUUGAAGGUAAAUGGUCUAGACAUACACAUCCAAAAGAUUUUCCAGCAAAUAGUUGGCGUACACGUUUCAGUGAUAUAAUUGGUGCAUCACAUACGAUUGAUUAUAGAUUUUGGCAAUAUGGUGAUUUAGCAAGUGAGGGUUUGCGAGAAGUUGCAGAGCAUGGUUCAACCAGAACAUUAGAAAGUGAACUUAAAGAUCAAAGUGAUCAGAUACGUACAAUUAUCAAAGCUCGUGGAAUAGCAUAUCCAAAUGUAACUGGUAAAACUUUUGCUGUCUUCCGCGUAGACUCUAAACAUCAUCUGAUAUCCUUGGUUUCAAUGAUUGACCCGUCUCCAGAUUGGAUUGUAGGCGUUUCUGGAUUAGAACUUUGUUUACCUAAUUGUUCAUGGGUAGAAAAUAAAAUUCAUAACCUUUAUCCCUGGGAUGCAGGCACUGAUAGUGGACCUUCGUAUAUGUCUGCUGAUCAGCCGCAAAUACCGCCUGAUGUGGUUCGUCGCAUUAAGUCAAAUUUUCCUAAUGAUCCACGAUCACCUUUUUAUGAUUCAACUGGUGCACCAAUGAAACCUUUAGCGACAUUACACCUUAACCGACGUAGACUGUACGAGAAAACUUGUGAAAAUACUGAAUCUGAAAACGAUGUGGCUGGUUGUGCUACAUAUCCGUGGGGGCGCUGGGAUGAGUGUACAGCUAAAUGUGGGCCGGGUAAACAAUAUCGUACAAGAGAAUUUAAAAAUGGAGCUUUAGCGCGACGUUUAAAAUGUCGUAACAGUUUAAGAGAAGAACAAAACUGUGUAGGUCGCAAAUGUGGUAACUUUAAUGAGGAGGAAGCUGCUGCCGAAGAAGUAGAAGUUGGUUAUCCAAACGGUGGACCUGAAAAUCCGGAGUGUGCAAUAUCUGAAUGGAGUGAUUGGUCAACUUGUUCCGCUACUUGUGGAAAAGGUGUGAUAACACGUACAAGAGCGUAUCUAAAUCCUAAAGCAAAGAAAAAGUGCCAAAAAGUGAGCCGUGUUAAACUACAAGAUACUCAAAAAUGUGAAGGCAUUGACUGCGGUGGAGACAUUGGAAAUGGUAUACCAAAUAUUGACGAAAAUAAUGAAAAUACUGAUGCGGAAAUGCAAUUUGGAGAUACUGAAGCCUUUAAUGAAAAUAUGGACAGCAAUUUACGUUUUCGUAAUUUUCAAAGUUAUAGUCAAAAACGCGAAGAUUACAUACCACCGGAAUGUGGUGUUACGCCAUGGUCAGAUUUUUCUCCUUGCAUGGGUCCUUGUGGUAGUACUGGUCACAGACAGCGUGAACGUAAAAUUUGGAAUAAUGAUGAAGUUUAUGGUGUUAAACGUCCUAAUAAUUUUCGUGGCGAUCCAUGCAAACAUAUCAAACGCAUUGAAACUGUCAACUGCACAAUUCCAAGUUGCGAUACAAUUGUUCCCAACUACUGUUUUGAAGAAUUACAGGUCAGCCACUGUCGUGAUAGUGAUGUUGCAAAUUAUUGGUAUUACGACCAUUUAAGUGAUCAAUGUGCAUUAUUUUGGGCAGAUAAAUGCGAUAAGAACAAUAACAAAUUUACAUCAAAGGAGACAUGUGAAGAGACUUGUCAAAAACCUAGACAUAAAGCACAGUUACUUAGUAACGAAUUCAAAUCCGAACAGAGACGCAUUGAUUGUGCCGUAUCUGAAUGGCAUGCACAUGCAUGCAAUGCCACAUGUGGUGAAGGUGUACAAAUUAAGACUCGUAAGGUGCUUCGUUCUCCUAAGUAUGGCGGUAAACCUUGUCCGAAACAUUUGGUGCAUACAGAUAAAUGCUAUCAACACUGUGACGACAUUUACUCCAUUGGAAACAUUUACAGUAUUUCUCAUGACAAAAGACGUGGUAGCAGUCAGGCUCAUGCUAAAGUUACAAUUGAAAAAGAUGAAUGUCAUUAUUCCGCUUGGUCAGCCUGGACACCAUGUACAGCCAGUUGUGGUGACAACUCGGUACGCCAAAAGACACGUACCCUUAUGAAUACUGAUAUGAGCUUCAAGUGUAAGGAUCGCGUCCGCAUAGAAAAAUGUGUUAUGAUGCCUUGUCUGCUUAAUAAUAAUGAUGACAACGAUAAAUGGUAGAAUGAUAAAAUAUAACUUAGUAUAGAAAUAAUGAAUUUAGUUAAUAUUCUCAAAUCAUAAUUAAUAGAAUUACUUAAAUAUGUCUUAACACAGCAAUAAGUUUAAUAAUACUUAUAUGAUUUAUUUCUUAUAUUUCUAUAUUUCUAAAUAAUAUUUCGGUAUAUAAAAAUUUUAUUAUAAAUAUAUAUACUGGGUAUAUUCUCUUAACAACUAGCCAACAAACACCGUACAAAAAGCAAUGUAUGUGGCUUGGUCGUAGCUAGAAAUCGAGCCAGGGGGUCAUAAGAAACUAAUUUUGAAUAAAUAGGUAUUUGAAUAAAUAUUUUGUAAUAAUAAACGAAGAGAAAAAAACAAAAAAGCAAGAAUAUUCCAAAGCAAUAAUCAAUAAAGUUUCGGUCAAUAUCUAUCUACAUACAUAUAUCUA